CUGCCAGCGGUUAUCCACCUCAAAACAACAUGGCGGACAUGGUUUUGAGGUGUCAAUAUAAGGGUGGCAAGAGGAGUGUUGUACAGGGCCUGAAGGCUGAUUCAACACUUGAAAUGUUACAAGAAAAGAUUUGGUUACUGACUGAUGUACCCCCACAUGCACAGAAGAUAUUGACAGGAUUUCCUCCCAAGGAACUGUGUUGCACUAUCAAAGCAUCAAGUCUCUCAUCUCUCGGCKUAAGGUCUGGUGACACUUUGAUAAUUGAGAAAGACAAGACAGCUCCUAUAAUCAUCAACAAUGAUCUUGUAGGAAGAUUAGGAUACCAAAAUAUCCCACUCAGUAGAAAAAUAGUACCAGCAGAUAAUUCCUGCCUUUUUGCAAGUGUAAGUUAUGUAAUGACAGGCAACAUGUCCCUAGCACCAGACUUGCGGCAGUUGAUAGCCAAGUGUGUGUCAAGUGAUCCAGUUACUUAUAACGAUGUGUUUCUUGGACAGUCUAAUGAUGGUUACUGUAGAUGGAUCCAGAAUGCUGAUAACUGGGGAGGUAUGAAUUAGGUAGGAUAUCAAUGUUGACAGUUAUGAUGG